AUGGGGAAACUCGAACAACAUGCCGACUUCGCGAGCCCUAUCGAUAAUGUUUCUGUCAACAAUGUCUCUGUUAAAGAAAUCGGAAAUGACGCUCGUCUUGCUACUGAGAUAGAGCAUCAAAUGACGUUUAUGGAAGGCUUGAGACUGUAUCCUGCCAGUAUCGGAUGGUCAGCGUUUUUCUCUCUAGGAGUUAUCAUGACUGCAUUUGAUCCUCAAUUACUUGGAAGUUUGUAUGCUACGCCCGCCUUUCAAAAGGAUUUCGGAUACCUCUUUGAAGGCUCUUAUAUUAUUAGUGCUCCAUGGCAGACAGGCCUAGGAAUGGGAAAUCCGAUCGGGCAGGUGAUUGGAGCUCUUGCUGCAGGUUAUCCCAUGGAGUGGUAUGGUCGUAAAUGGACAUUCGCCACUUGUGUUGUUGCCACCGCAGCUUUCAUCUUUAUGCAAUUCUUUGCUCGAUCAUUAGAGGUCUUAAUAGCCGGCGAACUCAUCGGUGGCCUUAUCCUCGGUACAUAUACAACCAUCGCUCCAACUUAUGCUUCUGAAGUUUGUCCUAUUGCUCUCCGCGGUCACCUCACCGCUUAUAUCAACCUCUGUUUUGUAAUGGGUCAACUACUUGCCAAUGGGGUUAUUGCGGGAUCGUCUCAGCUGGAUAAUCACUGGGCUUAUAGUACACCAUUUGCCAUCCAGUGGCUUUGGCCACUCAUCAUCUUGAUUGGCAUACCAUUUGCCCCAGAAUCGCCGUGGUGGCUUGUGAGGAAUAAUAGGCUUGAGGAGGCAGAAAAGUCGCUAAAUCGCCUUUCAUCUCAUAAGGUUGACAAUAAGCUAGUCUUAGCCAUGAUGAUCGAGACCGAUAGGCUAGAACUUGAGAUGGAGACCGGAACUACAUAUUGGGACGUCUUCAACAAGGUUAACAGACGUCGGACAGAAAUUGCUGUUGCUGUUUUCACUACUCAGGUUUUUAGCGGGAUUUAUUUAGUUGGUUACGCUGCGUACUUUUUCCAGCUGGCCGGUCUUGAUGGUGCAAAAGCAUUCAACAUGAGCGUUGGGUAUCUUGCUUUGGGCUUCGUGGGAACAUGUUUAUCAUGGAUAUUGAUAUCCAAAUUCGGUCGCCGGAGGAUCUAUAACAUUGGCCUUGCUGUUCUCACGGUCAUUAUGUUUAUAAUAGGUAUUCUUGAUUGUGCCCCAAAUUACGAGAAUCGUCCUGCAAUAAUCUGGGCGCAAUCGGCACUGAUGAUCAUCUGGAACGGCGUAUUCGACAUCUCAAUUGGCCCUGUCUGCUACGUAAUUUUCUGCGAGGUGUCAGCUACCAAAGUCCGCACUAAGACUAUCGCAGUUGCGACAGCUGCACAAGCACUUGUUGGUAUUGUAAUGACUGUUGCAAUUCCAUAUAUGAUUAACCCAGAUCAAGCGAACAUGAGAGGAAAAAUGGGAUUCUUCUUCGGUAAGCACCUUUCUGUUUAG